UCCCUCUCCCUGACCCCUUCUUAAACAAACUCAUAUUAAGCGGGCGCUGCCUCGCCAAGCAGCAGCAACAGCAGCAGCAGCUGCAGGAACAGCAACAGCAACAGGAGCAGCAGCAGCAACAGCAGCAGCAGCAGGAGCAGCAGGAGCUGCAGCAGGAGGAUUUGCAUGCGCUGGGUUUGGUUUUGUCUCAAGUGCCGCACUUAGUUGAGGGCUUAGAAUGCUGCACUUUGAAGAUGAAGCCCCGCGAAGGAGAUAUUUUAGGCUGUUGCUGCAUGCAGCUUGUAAGCUGA